AUGAAACCCAUACUAUCCCUCGACUUUUUGACACCGCCCGAUCGUAAUGACAAGGUCAUUCGUCAAUGGAUGCAAUCCACUCUCGAUAUUCAGCUUCCUUCAGCUUGUGGUUUACAUACGAGUCUUCGAGAUGGUGUUUAUUUAUGCAAGCUCAUGAAACAUUUACGACCAGCAAGUUCAAUAGAGAUCAGCUAUGAAGAUACGAUGGAUUCAUGGGCACAAAACAUUCAAGCUUUCCUCGAAGCUGCAGGAGAGGCAGGUUUGCAUGAGCAGCAGCUCUUUAGCGUCGAUGAUCUAUUGGAAGGAGUUAAUAUGGAUGCGGUGCUCACCACGCUUUCAUAUUUGCAUGGGAUAUCAUCACAUCCAACAACGUUACAUACCUCUCAAUCUCAAUACAUCCAUUCAAACGACAUUCCUCAGCAACAAGUAAUGAUCAAACGACGACGAGGAUUCACCGUGCCUACGUGUCCGGAUCAUGGUCGACGUAUCAUCACAACAACAGCAGCGACGACGACACGCUUGUAUGACAACAGGAGCCAUGUGUUGGGGGAUCCAAUCAAUGAAGAUGACGGAGACAAGGAGAUUGAGUGCAGUAAGGAGCACCAUCAUCAUCAUCAUCACCAUCAUAUGCAGCAACAGCAGCAGCAGUUUGAUUACCAGCAUAACGAAAGCGCGUGCACCAGCAGCAGGCGAGAUACCAAAAAAGUCGCUACUACUAGUACCACUUCCGCCAGCUAUGGAAGGCAAUCGGUUCUUUCGUCACUAUCCGAUGAUGCGUUGCCAUGGGAACGUGGAGCAACACCACCUUACGGCAACUUUGAUCAUCCACCCGUUAGCAAAUCACCUGCAGUAGAAAGCACAUCCUCUGGUGAUAGUGGAUACGCUAAAUCCUAUCACAACUCCCUUUCAGGCCGUGGUGUUAGUACUAUUGGUGAAUAUCGAGCAGCUACUCCAGAACAUCUUGUCUCCUUGUUUGACCCACCACCACCAUCAUCAUCAUCACCUACUAGCACCAACAAUACUACUACAACCACUGAUACAUCAAUACAAGCAUCAACAACAGCAGCAGGAUCGACACGUUCAAAGCUCUCUCGGUUUUCAAGCCUAUCAUUUGCCAAGAAAUUACCUAUCAGGCAAAAGAUCCCAUUUCAUAUGCGAUAUCAGGAGUGGACGGACCUGAAAUUGAAGAAAAGGAGACCGGCUUCUCUCAUUGUUACAGAUGAUGAACCACCUCUUUCACCAAAUUCAUUACCACAGUCACCAACAACAUCUUCUACUACUACUACUACACCAUACGAGAUACCCAAAAGCCCAGCACCAUCCACUUCAUCACCUAUCAGUUUGCUCGGCACCAAUAAUAUCAAUUCAUCUUCAUCCCAUGUAACUCGCCUCGCCUCACCACGUGAUCAUAACGCAUUACCACCAUUGGAUACCACCACCCAGCACAUGGCUGCUAAUUUGGAUGCAUGGGGAGAUCCUUCACCUGGAUCAUCCGUAAGAAAUGGCACUGUCCCGCGAAGAAAAUCCACAGGCACCCUUGAAGUUAACGCCUCGUUGAUUCGACCCGAUCCAAAUGAUAAUGGCGAACGACUAGAAAUGCAACAGCCAAAUGGCAAUAUUACAGCACGCUAUAAAUUGGGCAAUUCUAUCGGCAAAGGACAAUUUGGAACAGUACACAGAGCCCUCAAUCUCAAGACUGGACAAAUGGUUGCUAUUAAAAGGAUCAAGCUGGAGUCGACUGAAGCAAAGGAUAUCGAUGAUGUGAUGCAAGAGGCACAGCUAUUGCAAGCAUUGGCACAUCCAAAUAUUGUCAAAUACGAGGGAUUUAUUCGGACCAACGAUUGCGUCAACAUUGUGCUUGAAUUUGUGGAGAAUGGAUCACUGGCCAAUACCCUAAAGUCGUUUGGUAAUUUCCCCGAGAACCUUGUUGCCAGUUACUGCUCCCGGAUAUUGGAAGGUCUUGUUUAUCUUCACGAUCAAAACGUUGUCCAUUGUGAUCUCAAGGCUGCCAACAUUCUUACCACUAAAACCGGUGAUGUUAAGCUCUCUGAUUUUGGCGUAUCCGUCAACUUGCAAUUGAAGGAGACAGUAACUGGAUCAGUGGCUGGCACACCCAAUUGGAUGGCACCCGAGGUCAUUCAGCUUCAAGGCGCCUCCACCAAAUCUGAUAUCUGGUCUCUUGGAUGCACCAUCAUUGAGCUCUUUACUGGCAAACCACCUUACGCCGAUCUUAUACCCAUGACAACACUCUUUAGAAUUGUGGAAGACGAAUGUCCUCCUCUACCAACAACCACCUCACAGGAAAUGAUGGACUUUUUACAGCUAUGCUUCCGUAAAAGCCCCAACGAGAGACCUACAGCCCGAGAAUUAUUGGAUCAUCCAUGGAUCGUGAGCAACGCUUCAUACAGCACCGAUAUUCAUCAACAUCAACAACCCGAUAGACUCAGUGUACAGAGUAAUAACAGCAAACCAAUAUCAUCAUCAUUCCCUCGAAGCUUUCAAUACAACCCAGCACAUGAAAUUGACUCUUCCGAUGCCGAAUCAACAACUACAAGCAGCACACCCUCUUUGCAUCGUGGAAGUAUUUUGGUCAACAAAUUGCAUGAGCGACAAGAAAAGAGAUUUUCUCCUUCUCCUCCACCCCAACAAGAGCAUUGCUUUGUGAAGGGAUCAUUUGCCAAGGCAUCCAUUCGUUGCAAAGCAUGUCAAUUACCCAUCAAGCGCAAUGCAUUGGUUUGUGAAGGUUGUGGAUUCAUAUGUCAUGACAAAUGCCGUGGCAACACAAUGCCAUGUCGUGCACCCAAGCAGGAUGACCAUGUGAUUACUCCCACACCAUCGAUAUCAAGCUCAUCUUCUUCGUGCAUCGAGCGUGCUAGUAGCAACAAUAUAGAAGGGAGAAAGAGCCCACGACCCACAUCAUCCAUGUCGACUCAAUUGCGAGAACGAACCAAGAAAUUGUCACGAGUAUUCACAAGCAGCAGUAGCAGCAGUGGUGGUGGUCAUAGUAAAAAACCCCAUAGCACACGUAGCCAUGAAACAUUGCGUUUUAUUCGUGAAGACGAGGUGCUUUCCUCUGGCGAUUUGAAAUCAUCUUUGAAAAACAAAACGAGUGGAAAAUCACCUAUUCCUGCUGCUUCCAAUGGUGCAUAUGAAGGAGAGAUUCGCAACAGCACUUCAGCAAGCUACAUUGAGCAUUCAGGCCUUGUCCGAUCCCUUAAACACAAGCGCAGCCGCACUCGUCAGCAGCAAUCCAAUCACCAUCACCAUCAUCAUCAUCACCACCAACAACCAUCCCCCCAUCAAGAUGACUGUGUCAUAUCAUAA